GAGAUGAGGUGAAUAAGUUAGUGCUUCCCGGAUCACAGUUGGUUGCACCAACAAUGGUGGCUGAACAUAAAGUCUGUAUCCUGGAUAUUGAACCUAGGGAUGUGUAUCUACCUGGGGCAGUGUCUCCCUCACAGAUGUGUGAGAAAUCAGAGAAGACUAAAUGGAUAAAGACUCAGAAUGACACGUUGAGUCCGACUGAGGGAAAGGGUUGACAAUUACUUGGCAUGGGGCAGUUGUACCCAGUGAACGAAGCGUGUUGUUAACCGAGAAGUGUGACCUCGCGUGUACCACGUGGAAGAGUUGGUUGAAAAGGAUCCUUCCUCCUCAAGACGAUUAUGGGGCAAAUGGACAAACAGCUAUGAAUGUCUGUUCGUGGUCAAGAGGGUCCCAUCUGACAGAACCUUGUUGUUUACAACCACGGAUGACGACGAUUUUCAUCCCCUGUGAAUGCGGACGCGGUUAGAAAAUACUUCGUGAAAAAAACCCGCUGGACAAAAAAGAAAAGAAUAAAGAGUCCAGGCAAAAAUUGGGCAUCCCGGCGAACCAAGAAAAAGAGAAAGGUUCGGGCAAAAGUUAGGGAUAAAAAUAAAAGAAAAGAACUGUACACCCGGCAAGUUGAAAACCCGUAAGGGCGACUUGGGCAAAAAAGGGUAUCCCGGUGGACUGAAACCCGAAAGGGCGGUCCAGGCAAAAGAGGGACUGAAACGAACAACUGCGUCCAGCAUGACCGUGUGUGCUCUUGAUGACUUGGCUAAUCUCCGACAGAGACCGAUCGGAAGCGUCUUGUGCAGAAGACAGAAGGUGCGGAAAGUCCUGAGGACAUAUGAGGUGUAACUGAGUUGGAACCCGAUGAGAUCACAGUUUCACGUUGCCAUUAGGAUAGAUUUUUUUCUUUUAUGUGCAAUCACCUCUUUCCAGGGUUUGCUUCCUGUGUGUUGCUCAAAUUGUGAGCCAUCUUUUAUUCCAGUCAAAUAAAGCGUGUGUUCGGUCAAAUAAAUUUUGUUUUUUGUGUCAUUACUGUUUUGGUUACGAAAACAUCUAUUCAUUUUGAUAAGAAUAUUCGCCUUUUGAAACAUAGAGGUCCCUUCUGAUGCAUGCUUGUGAGAUUGAAAUCUGGAAAUCUUACUUGGAAGUCUGAGUGACCUAAGUGUUGAAAUAUCAGAACACCUGGGGCAUACCUGGGGCACGUUUUUAUCUGACGAUCUCUUGUGCAAGUACUGUUAGACAUCUUCAUUCACUUGCCAGUUGUAAUAUGAACCUUUUUGACAAAAGAUCCCCUCAGAGUCCAACCAGGGGCAAGGGAUAGAUGAACCGUGAAAAGACGGUGAAGGAUUACAACGACGAUCCUGGAAAUUCAAUCAAGAAGACUCUUCAAAGUCUGAUGAUUGGAAAGUAUGUAUGAAUACCAGGAGCUCGAUCCCCGUGGAGUACGGGCGAGAUUUGGAAUACAAGAUGAUGGAGCAGAAAAGUCCAGAAGAGUCUGGGAGUUCUUAGAAGUGGAAAGGUCAACACCAUGGGUGGAUGAUGGACACUUGUGGGAAUUCAUCUCCAGUAUGAUAUGACGUGCUGUCACCCUCGACAGAGUUGUUACUCUCGCCACUAUGGUUGUUCUCUCCACUAGGAUUGUUCUCCUCAGCAGAAUGGUGUGGUUUUCCUCAGCAAGUUCCCCGAGUGGAGCGGGUCUCAUGAAAUACACCUCCAGCAGUGAUUCUCCUACAUAUGGACUGGUUGGGUCGUCCCUAAUGGAGUAGCAUUCAUUUCUCCAGCAGAGUUCAUCCUACCAGUGGAUUGGACGAGUUUCUGUAGAAGACUGAUAUCUGCAUCCCCAGUUGAGUUGAUUCUACCCAUGGAUCGCGUGGGUUAUCCCUAGCGGAGUAACAGACAUUCUCCCAAGCAGGGUUUAUCCUAUCCGAAGGUUGGUUGAGUCUUUCUCCCAGUGAAGUCGUUGUACCAUUCCCCAAGCAGAGUUCUCCGCAGAAUAUUUCCCCAAGAGGAGUCUCCCCACGGAGUCAGAGUAUCUGGUCAUUUUGGCUCCCUAGCCAGGGUUCAUUUGCAUUUUUGCAUUUAGUAAUCAUUGCAUCUUCAAAAAUCGCGUAGCAUUUCCAUUCCUAAAUGGAGCAUUACGCCAUAGAAAAAUUCAAACAUAUGCAUUCAUGUGUUCGAAACCCCAUCAAAACGUAUUCCCUACAGAGACGGAUUUUUUUGUUCAACCUGUACAACGCAUUGGUUACAGUUACUCCAGUCAACAUUUGGUGUUUAUAAUCCCCACGGAGGUUUAUUUCCUCACCUGUUAGUGACAGAAAGUUUGUUUCUCCCCAGUGAGACCCCCUGCAAGUGUCCAGCCUUGCCAGGUCAUCUUGUGGAUGUCAGUAUCCCGUCCGCACCCGCGUGUGUUUGUUUUCCUUGGUGUCGGUAACACCCUCUUUCGGUGAUCCCCAGGCAUGCGUAAGUGUCUGGUCUUCUUUGAUGUCUGUAAACAUCAUCUUUCGAUGUUCGUAACGUUGUACCCUCCCCAUGUGGACUUACCUCUCCGUUGGUUUCGAUAAACGACGAGUUUUUCCCAGUCGUCCGUCGACGUCUGGUUGUGUUUCUCUUAUUCCCAUUCAUCUGUAAAUGUCUGGUCGAUCCUUUUGGUGUCUGUAAACAUCAUCUUUCGAUGUCUGUAAACGUCGAGUAUUCCCAUUCAUCUGUAAAUGUCUGGUCGAUCCUUUUGGUGUCUGUAAACAUCAUCUUUCGAUGUCUGUAAACGUCGAGUAUUUCCAUUCAUCUGUAAAUGUCUGGUCGAUCCUUCUGGUGUCUGUAAACAUCAUCUUUCGAUGUCUGUAAACGUCGAGUAUUCCCAUUCAUCUGUAAAUGUCUGGUCGAUCCUUUUGGUGUCUGUAAACAUCAUCUUCCGAUGUCUGUAAACGUCGAGUAUUCCCAUUCAUCCGUUGAUGUCUGGUCGAGCCCCCCCCCCCAGUCAUUCAUUAAUGUCUGUUUACCUCUCCGUUGGUUUUGAUAAACGUCGAGUUUUUCCUAGUUAUCCGAUGAUGUCUAGUUGUACCCCUCUCCAUGCAGAGUUACCUCUCCGUUGGUUUCGAUAAACGUCGAGUUUUUCCCGAUCAUCCGUUGAUGAUUUGUUUGUGCCCUUCUUCCCUAGUGAAGUAUUCCUCCUCUCCGUUGGUGUCGAUAAACGUCGAGUUUUUCCUAUUCGUCCUAUGACGUCUAGUUGUACCUGUCCCCAUGUGGAUUUACCUCUCCGUUGGUCUUGGUAAACGUUGAGUUUUUCCCAUUUCGUCUGUUGACGUAUGGUUGUAUCCCUUCCAAUCAUUCAAUAACGUCUGGUUACCUCGUCGUUGGUCUUGGUAAACGUCGAGUUUUUCCUAGUUGUCCGUUGGCAUCUAGUUGUGAUUUAUUUUUCCCAUUCGUCAUCGUUGUGAUGUCUGGAUGUGAUCGUACCCUUUGAAAACAAAACCAAAAAUAUAUAUACCCAGCAAUAAAUAUCAAAUCCCAGUGGACGUUUCCAUUGGUGGAUCCCUGUAUUGUGCAAAUUCUACGGUUCUUUGGUAUUCAAUCCCUGUUUACCCUGAAAGUCUGACAGCCGUUGCUCUCAUCCAUUCGGGUUCCCAGCUGAUUGAAUAGGGGCAGCUGUAGCACCUCAAAUUUGCACCUAUCAUUGUACAUACAUUUUCAUAUUGGGUCAUAGCAUAUCAUGGUCCAUUGCAUAGCAUUUGCAUUGUUCACAGUUGCCUCAAGUGCAAGCAAUCAGAAUUAGGUCAAACUAAUCUUCUGAUCAGUCAACCAAGCAAGCAAAAGAAUUUCUCAUUGAAUCAAGGCCCUAAGGUUUGUGCAACAAGUUCACAUGGUUUGGAGGUCUAUUUGAAGUGUUCAUGUCAAGGGUUAAGGGCUCAGAGGUCAGCAGUUCAUGCCCAGACAGUCAAAAACCCUAGAAAAGUCAACUGUCAGUCAAAGCAGUGGAUGGUGGUCAUUCUUGUGGAAUUUGGGCACCAUGGUCAAUAAUCAAGAGUUCAUACAACUUGGGACAUCAUUUGAAGUCAAAUUCUCAAGGAAUUAGGGUUUGGAAUUCAUCAGUCAAUGCAUAAUCAGACAAAAACCCUAAUAGUCAACUGUUGGUCAACUGUCCAUUUAAUCAGAGAUUUGAUGAUUGGAAUUGGUUUGUGGGAGUUCAUUCAUGUCCAAAUAGUCAUCAUAUAUCAUGCCAAACACCAUCAGGGAAGAAUUUGAAGCCAGAUCAUGAGUUUCCCAAAACGGAAACUGGGCCUGUAACUGAAACUUGCCAUAAAUGGAAAGUUUUGAUCCUCAAACUUACAUCAUGAUACAAGCCUCAAAUGAAUUUUUGCCCAACAUGAAAGUUGAAGAUCUUGUUCUCCCAUUUCCAAAAAGUCAUAGAACUCUCAAUUCCCAUGUGUGGUUGGCAAGUUAUGAUCGAAUCGAUUUCAGAAAAUCUUGAACUUCAAAGGGCCAUAUCUCCCAAACCGUUUGGCCAAAUUUGGUGGGGUUUUUUCCUACAAACCACAUUUUUCAUCCUCUUUCCAAAAAUAUAAAUUUCAUGACCUAAAACCUUACCAAUCAAAAUGGCAUUUUUGGACCUUUUUCAUUUAAAUUUAAAGUUUGACCAAGAGUUGACUUUUUGACUCAAACAUUUUUUCAGCAUUUGGCCAAUUGGAACAGCUCAUAAAUAUCAUUUUGAGUGUGUUUGCAAAGUCAAAUUAUGCAGCACAUGUGAAUAUUGCUUGGUUGCUUGAAUUGUAAGAAAAGUACCAUUUCACCAUACUUGCACCAUACUUGUUUAUGCAUCCACCAUACCAUGAUUUGUACUCUCAAAACAGAAGAUUAGAAGGCCCUUUUACUGUCAAUUAUGAAUACAUUCUGCAGCCAAAACCAAUGGUACACAUAGCCAUGCUUGCUCACUUGAGUUUUGGCAAAAGGACAUGUCCAAUUGUUGAACCAUACCUUGUACUUACAACAGCAGACCUAGUGGCAAUGGUGCAGCAUUCUUUCUGUCAUUGUUUGGAUACACUACUAGCAGCAAGACCAACAGAAAUUGAGGAAAAGCUAAAAAACACUUUGGCCUUUCUUUUUCCAAAAGAGCUGUCAAAAGCACCCAAAAACACUGCCUUGCCAUGCCUGGUACUGCUCAUAGCAGACCAAGGCCUUAAUGUGCUGCGACUGGUAGCAGCAUGGGGAGGACACAAAAACUACUUUGGACCAAGGCAAAAGGAGGGGGGACUCUCAUUCGAAAAAAACACACACUGCUGGCAUUUCUGCAUUUUCCUUCUGUCAUAAAAAAAAAAACUAGUGACAACAGCAUACCAAUUGACUCAUGUUGAACCUCACUUGCCUUUUCCAACAAAAGCCUGGCCCUUUGCAUUUGGUCUAAAAAAAGCAUCCAUCCUGCAAAAAACCACAAGACCACAAACCAAACCACACACCCUUGGCCAUUUUCUUCCAAAACCUGUAAAAAACUCAAGAAGAACAAAAACACAGGCCAUGGCUCACUGAUCCUAAAAAGAAAAAACUGCAUUGGCUUGGCAUUGGCAUUUGCAAAACCUUCUGUCAAGCACAAGCAUCCCUGCCUGGCCACAUUACAACAUGACGUAGCAGUUGGUUACAUGGUAUUUACUGUCGAAUGAGGCUUCUAGCCAGCAUCCAUCAUAAGCAGAAAUCAUUCUCACUAAAAUCACAUUGUUGCAUCCCACAUCUUCUGUCCAAAACCAAAAAAAAACUUCCUUCAAACCUUGCCUUGCCUUGUGUGUAAAACCUUGCCUUGCCAACAAACUUGCUAGCAGCAAGCCAACCAGUCACCUUGACUUGGCCAUUCUGCAUCUCCUGUCAUGAAAAGCCUAGCAGCAUCAUACCACCAUUCACAGCAGAAAACACCUGGUGCUAAAGACCACCCCUUUGGCAUUUGAAAACCUGUCAUGAAAUAGCCAUAACAAAACCUGCACACAGCAUUAUCUCAAACCAAAGCUUUUUGCUCACUUGCAAAACCAAGCCUUGCCUUGUAACCCUGUCAUAAAAAUCAAUUGCAGCUCCAAACCAAUCUCAUUCAUACAUCUCCACUCUCAGCCUUGGUACUUAGCAUCACCUGUCAAAACUCCCAUUAAACAAAACCUGCAGCAGCAUAAAACACAGGACAGCAUAGGCAUUGGUCCUCUCAACUGACCUUGCUACUGGCAUUUGAACCUUGCCUAUCCAAACUCAAGCAGCACCAAACCUUGCCAUUUGCACCAUUUUCUGUCAUACACACACAGCAUUGGCACACACCCUUGGCACUUAGCAUCACCUGUCCAAACAGAAGAACCAAACCUCAUACACCCUCCCAAAACUCACCUUACUUGCAUUCCUAUUUUUUUGUCAUCACACUAUACAUCCUGCAGCAGAAAAUGAAACCUCACCUGGCCCUCACUUUUCUGCCAACAAAUGCAACAAACUUGGCAUGACUGCCUGGCCAACCUACACAACCAAACAACACAUAAUAGACUUGACUCAUCCACUUUUGGUUUUGGGCACUCUUGCAAAAAAACCUCAUCCAUUCCAACCCCCUUCACUUACUCACUUUUUUCUAACCUGACUUGGCAUUGGAAAAGCUGUCAAGCAUCCAUCAAAAAGGAUACAUUGGCAUUUUGGAAAAGAGGCUACUGAGAUCAAAAAGGAAAAACCCCUGCUGUUAACAUUUGAGUUUAUCUGUCCAAAACACCAUGGCAUAAAAACAACACAGCAGAAAAAGAACUUGGUGCUGAAGACUACAUCUUGGUAUUUCAAAUCUUCUGUCAAGAAAGCAUCCAAGUGAUAACCUUGUUUUGCAUCACCAUUGCCUUGCCACAACCACCAAGCACAUGACCAACCAUGUUCUUUCACUUAAUACCUUACUUGGCCAUUGAACCAUUUUUGAAAACCCUGCAGUAUCCAACAGCAUAGGGUAAAAAAGGGAAGACCUUGCCUUGCCUCAAACCAACCUAACAACAAAACCUAGCAAACCAAUACACUCUCUGAAAAACUGGACUUAGCUUUUUUUGGCCUUGGAUGAUCAAAGAAACUGCUACCAACACUUCCUGCAGGAGCAGGCCAACAAAACCAACAUAGGCCACUUGACAGCAAGGAAGCAACGUCCUUCAUUCAUUUGUCCAAAGCUCACCUUUGGCCAUUUCCAACAAACAGUCAAACAACUCUUCAUCAUACAUCAAGGCAAGGCUAUAGGACAAUUAUUUCACUUCAAAUUCAUCAAAAGGCACCAGCAACACUACUGCUCCUCCAAAUUGGUAAGUUUUCAACUUCCACCAUUUUUAAAAUUGACACAUGCUUUGAAUAGGUCCUUCAAUGCUGAGUACUAUGGUGUUUUCCUUUUUGAAAUGAUUGCUUAUCCAUGAAAAUAUGUUGAGAUAAAGUUUGGUGCUUGGAAAUGUUUCUUCUGAUUUCUUGAUGCGCAGUUCAAAUUAUUGAAAUUAGGGUUUGGAUUGUUGUUGUAUGAUGUUUGAUGUUUACAAUGAUGUGCUCAAUUGAUACUUUUGGGAAGAAUUGAGAAAUCACAUUUUUUUGAUAAGAACCCUAAUCCCAAUUUGCCCAGAUUUUGGUCCAUUUUCGUGUGCAUGACUUUUCUCCCUCCAGCCAAUCAAAACAUUUCAUUUUCUGGACCAAAACACGGUCGUUUUGAUAAGUGACUGGGUUAUUUACCAAAAUGCCAUUUUCUCCAUAUAAAUUCAAUUAAUUUCUUCGAUAACUUCAUCAAUCUUCCAAAAUUCACAACUUGCUCAUUUUUGAUCCAAAUUGAAUGGGAUUUUUUGUGUUGUGUUCAUCAUGAUCUCUACUUUUUUAUCAUUAUUUUUCCAGAAUUUUUGGAUGGAUGGUUUUUAAAUGGCCUUAGGGUUUGUGACAUGUGACCAAAUUUUGUACACUUUGCCAAAUCAAUUGUGAAAUGAUGAGAAUGUAUCCAAUGGCUCUCAAAUUUUUUGUGCUUAAACUAGACACCUUCAUGGUGAUUUUGGUAUAAAGUUUGUGAAUUUAUCAUUUGUGGUUUGUGAGAUAUGAUUUUUUGAAUUAGGGUGUGACAACUUGUGUCACACCAUUGAUGACCAACUUCAUGAUUUUCAUUGCCAUGCUUCUUGACAUCCAAAUGACCUCAAAUUUUGCAUGAACCUACUCUUGUAUGCCUAGUUCACAUGUGAAUUUUCUUGGAUUUAAUUGAACUAUUUUCCAUUUGUUUGAGAUUUUUCCUCCCUGUCUAGUCAAAUGUUGACUUUGUGUGACACAUGUUCCCAUUUCAUUUGUGAAAUUCUCAUACUUUAUUGGAUGGACAUGAAAUCUUGCAUGAGAUAACUAGACAUCCUAAUCUUUGCCAUGGUUUUAGUCCCAUUCAUUUAUCAUACACCAUUCUAGACUUAUGAUUUUUCUAAGUUGAUGCAUGUUUGGUUGACUUCAUUGAGCAUGUUCAAAUUGACUUUGUCUUUCUGAUUUUCAUUGACUGCCUUCCACUUGUCCAAAUGGGAUGAAAUUUGACAUGCUUACCAUGCUAUGUGUUAGGUUUGAUCAUGAUUUAUUUGGUGAUUUUUGAAAAAUGUUUAGAUUGGUUUUGAAUCAAGUCUUUCUGUUGACUUCUGUGGGUUUCUGUUUUCCUUACUUUGACCUAAUUGGUUCAUGAAAUGAUGACAGUGAUUGGUAUGAAUGUGAAUCCAAUUGGUUUUGUUUCCUAAUUGUUUGAACAUGAUUUUGGAUACUUACCCCUUGCUGUUGGGACUUUCUCAUUCACCUUUGACCCUAGGUUAGCCCUAGUGGUCCUGUUACUCACCUUUGAGUUUGUGAUUUCAGGUUGACCAUCAAAUGGCCAUUGAGACCAAUUCUUUUGACUGAGCUUGCUUGAAUAUAGUGUCUAACCUCUUUGUUUUGUAGGUGGCUUGGCUCACAUGCCUUAAGCCUUGUGCCUUGCACAUCCAUGUGCCUCUAAUGGACUGUUGGUGUCUGUUUCUGUCUGUCUUGUUUGAAGUUGCAUACUAACAUCUGCUUGACUGUUUCAGGUGCUUUAGUUGCUUAGUUCCUUGUGAACUUUUUGCUUUGCUUUGCUUGUAUAAGCAAUUUGCAUUGAGGCAGGAUAGCUGAUCAACGUCCGCACCGCUACUUAACAAGACUGAAUCGACAGAGAAGUAUGGAUCAAUUUCAAGCUGAGUUGGCUGAGAUGAAGGCUAGCAUGGCCCAGUUUAUGAAUAUGAUGCAAGGGGUUGCGCAAGGUCAAGAAGAACUUCGAGCUAUGGUUCAGAGACAAGAGGCUGCAAAUCCACCGAUCAACAAUGCUCCGCCAGAGGGAGGCCCGGUCAAUGAUAACAAUGUUGCUACUGCCGUACCCGUCAACAACUAUGCUGUAGGUGAAGAGUUGGGGGGUAUUCGAAUCAACGGUCAACCUAUUGUUCCAGAUGCCGCUAAUGCCAGAGUAGUCCGUACUCCGGCCCGUAAUCCUGCUACGAUUGUUGACAGACAAGAGGAUAUGUUCUCUCUGCUCAGUGAAGACGAAGACAUUCUAGGAAGGGUUAAUGAGAGAGAUCGUAAGGUUGAAUCUCUUGCCGAGAAGAUCCGUGCUAUGGAAAGUCAAAAUUCUCUCGGUUUUGAUGUCACCAAUAUGGGGUUGGUUGAAGGUUUGAGAAUCCCUCACAAGUUCAAAGCGCCGUCCUUCGACAAAUACAACGGUACUUCUUGCCCUCGCACCCAUGUGCAGGCUUAUUAUCGAAAAAUCUCUGCGUAUACCGAUGAUGAAAAGAUGUGGAUGUAUUUUUUCCAAGAUAGUCUAUCUGGGGCUUCUUUGGACUGGUACAUGGAAUUGAAGAGAGAUUCGAUCCGAUGCUGGAGAGAUCUGGGUGAAGCGUUCCUCAGACAGUACAAACAUAACAUGGACAUGGCGCCUAGCCGGACUCAGCUGCAGAGUCUAUGUCAGAAAUCCGGAGAAAGCUUCAAGGAGUACGCUCAGAGGUGGCGUGAACUGGCUGCUAGAGUUCAACCCCCUAUGCUGGAGAGGGAGUUGACAGACAUGUUUAUCGGUACUCUUCAAGGUGUGUUUAUGGACCGGAUGGGGAGUUGCCCGUUCGGUAGUUUUUCUGAUGUUGUCAUUUGUGGAGAGAGGACUGAGAGUCUAAUCAAAGCUGGUAGGAUCCAUGAUGCUGGUUCCUCGUCUUCAUUAAAGAAACCCUUCUCUGGGGCACCUCGCCGUAGAGAAGGAGAGACCAAUGUUGUACAGCACAGAGGGGGUGUGUACAGAACAAAUGCUAACAGAGAUCAAUAUCGUCCAGUAGCUGCAGUGACUAUUCCGGUACCUCAACCUCGUCAACAACAACAACCAAGAGUUCAACAACCGCAACAACAACAACAACAGCAACGUCCUUAUCAGCCCAGACAGAAAUUGCAGGCUGAUAGAAGAUUUGAUCCUCUGCCCAUGUCUUACACAGAGUUAUUACCCGAACUACUCAAGUUGGGGAUGAUUGAGUUGCGUACAAUGGCUCCGCCUACAGUGCUGCCUCCUGGUUAUGAUGCAAACGUCUGUUGUGACUUUCACUCUGGGGCACCAGGCCACCAUACCGAGAAGUGUCGAGCUCUCCAGCACAAGGUUCAAGAUUUGAUCGAUGCCAAGGCAAUCAACUUCGCUCCAGUGCCUAACGUCGUGAACAACCCUAUGCCUCAGCAUGGUGGGCAUAGAGUGAACAAUAUUGAGGGGAAAGAAGAUGAAGAUCUGGUUGUUAAUGUUGAUGAUGUUCAGACUUCUCUGCUAGUUGUGAAGGGUCGUCUGCUGAAUGGGGGUGUCUACCCGGGCUGUGAUGAAGAUUGUUUGGGCUGUGCAGAAUCUGAGAAUGGUUGCGACCAGUUAAGGACCGGUAUCCAGGGUAUGAUGGAUGAAGGUUGUUUACAAUUCAGUAGGGCUGUAAAAGAUCAUGGAACAGCAUCAACUAUCACCAUUUACUUUAAACCGUCUGAAGAACGUGGACAAAGGAUCGUCAGUGCACCUGCAGCCAAUGGUACACCAGUUACCAUUCCCGUGCCUGUAACCAUCAGUGUUCCAACUACUAUCGUUGCGUCUGAAAGAAGGGCUGUUGAGAAUAGUAGAGCUGUGCCGUGGAAGUAUGAUAAUGCUCACCGCAAUUACAGAAGGGCUGAAAAUCCGACGAGACCAGUGAAUCAAACUCCAGUGACAAUUGGUUUACCGAAUAGAGUUCCUGCAACUGUUGGUCCGGCCGUGGAUAAUGUAGGGGGUCCAGGAGGUUUUACCAGAAGCGGUCGUCUGUUCGCACCGCAGCCUUUGAGGGACAAUAAUGCUGAAGCUCUCGCCAAAGCAAAGGGGAAGCAAGCUGUGGUUGAGGAAGAACCUGUUCAGAAAGAAGCGCCCGAGGGGUCAUUUGAGAAGGACGUGGAGGAGUUUAUGAAGAUAAUCAAGAAGAGUGACUACAAGAUUGUGGAUCAGUUGAAUCAGACUCCGUCCAAGAUUUCUAUACUUUCACUGUUGAUGUGCUCUGAAGCACACCGUAAUGCCUUGCUGAAGAUGUUGAAUCUGGCUUACGUGCCUCAAGAGAUUUCUGUCAAUCAACUGGAGGGUGUGAUGGCCAAUGUGAGCACCAGACAUGGUGUAGGUUUCACCAACUUGGAUUUACCACCUGAAGGGCGAAACCAUAACAAAGCCUUGCACAUUACCAUGGAGUGCAAGGGGGCAGUGUUGUCUCAUGUAUUGGUAGACACCGGGUCGUCGUUGAAUGUGUUGCCUAAGCAGAUUCUGAGGAAGAUUGAUGCGGAAGGGUUUGUGCUUAAUCCCAGUGACCUGAUCGUUCGUGCUUUCGACGGAUCCAAACGUUCUGUGUGUGGAGAAGUUACCUUGCCUGUGAAGAUAGGUCCUGAGGUUUUCGAUAUCAUCUUCUAUGUUAUGGACAUCCAGCCUGCCUAUAGUUGUUUGUUGGGGCGUCCAUGGAUUCAUGCAGCAGGGGCAGUCUCGUCGACUCUCCAUCAAAAGCUCAAGUAUGUCUGGAACGGUCAGAUUGUGACUGUGUGCGGUGAAGAAGAGAUUCUGGUGAGUCAUCUGUCCUCGUUCAAAUAUGUUGAGGUGGACGGCGAGAUCCACGAAACAUUAUGCCAGGCGUUUGAGACUGUGGCUCUUGAGAAGGUGGCGUAUGCUGAGCAGAGGAAGCCAGGUGCUUCAAUUACUUCUUACAAGCAGGCUAAGGAGGUUGUUGAUUCUGGCAAAACUGAAGGCUGGGGCAAGAUGGUGGAUUUGCCUAUCAAAGAAGACAAAUUUGGCGUUGGUUAUGAGCCUCUCCAAGCAGAGCAGAAUAGUCAAGCGGGUCCGAGUACCUUUACCAGCGCUGGGCUGAUGAAUCAUGGCGACGUCUCUGCAACCAGUAGUGAAGACUGUGACAGUGACUGUGAUCUGGAUAACUGGGUUCGCCCGUGUGCACCAGGGGGGUCUAUCAACAACUGGACGGCUGAAGAAGUGGUUCCAGUUACUCUUCUAACAGAGUAAUUUUCUGUUGUUUUGUCAUUUUGCAUGAAAAUCCUACGUUCUGCCCAAGGCGUAGUGAUUCA